UUGGUUUUCUUUGACUAAUCGAAGCUGGUAUCAACAAGGCAUAUGCGAGAGAAUGCAGCUCGGGACUACUUUGAAAAGAUUUUAAAAAGAUUAGCAGUCUUUUAAAUAAUACAUGAAUGGGGGAUUUUCAUGAAAGGACUACAUUUUUUUUUUAAGUUCAAAGUUGUGAUUUCGGUCUGUUUUCAGAUUUUGGGAGAGAGUGCUGCCAGCAAAGACGGGGGCGGUGCAACUGGCACUUCAGAUCCUGAAGAUGAUGGAGAUGGAGACAUCUCUACAGUGGACCCUGAGCCAGAAGUGGUCCAUCGUGGAUCACAGUGCAACAUAAGAUGUUUACAUCGUUCAUUAGGUGUUCAGGUAAAGCCUCAGAUGGUGGAUGUGGGGACUCAAACCGAAAGGUUUGAGCAUCGCAGAUCAACUCCACUGGCCAGUCCUGAACAAAGUGAUGAUGAAUGGUCAUUUUCUGAUAUCAUCAAUCAUUCUGGUGAUAUGUCAUGGAGUCCAGGGGAGGAGAUGUUGAGCGAGUCCUCUGAGGAGGAACCAGAAGAGCUGGAAUCUCUCACUGACCCAAAUGCUGUUGACAAGUUCAUUGUUUGCCAGAGGCAGUUGCUGUCCUUGUUCACGGUUUGCUCUGCAUGCUGCGGGGAAACCCAGGGACACAUAAUGCACCCGGAAGGAACUUUCAUAAAAGUCAAGCAGGCCUGCGGAACUUGUGGUUAUGAGCGUUACUGGCAAAACCAAGAGAAGGUGCAUCGAAACAUGCCUGCCUGCAACCUUUUACUCAGCGGUGCCAUCCACUUCUCAGACUUCUCUUGGCAGCCCUACAUUUCAAUAGUAAUGGCAACAGAGAUGUAGCGCGAACUAGUGAGGGUGAGGGACGCUACGCUGUUCGCUACCCACGGUUUCGGAAAGGUGGCUGGGUAGUCCACCCCAUCAAGGAGAAACCAUCUUACGUAUACGCAACAAAUCUUAUGGUCUCUCUGGUAGAGGAAUACUGCAAGUCACCACAGGCCCUCUGCUGCACCGCCCCCCUCACCUCUUCCGUCCAGAAGGUUGCCAAGGAUGAGGCAGUCAGCCUCCAUCUCGCACGACACUCACGUUUUAACAUGUAAUAAAAGAUCAAUUUUACCAGUA